AUGGGGAUGAAGAAACUCUCGUUCUUCAUGGGGUUGCUCAUGCUUGCGUUGUUUCCAGUGCUGUCACGACAAGAUGGUUUUGAUCAAUGGGUGGCAUUGCAAGAGAGCAAGACUAGCGUAGCCACAUCGACACUUGACGCCAAGCUCUCCACAGCAGAAGCCUCAAGGCUUGGUAAUGGCGUUGAUCCAUACACUAUCUUUGGCGCUGAAGAUGGCAUGUACAAGAGCAUCAGUGAGUGCAUUUCCAACAUCCCCAAUGACAACACUAGACGACAUAUGUUUAACCUAAAACCCGGAACAGUGUUCCGUGAGAAGGUGUUCAUUGGAAAAGAUAAGCCCUUCGUCACGCUAAAGUCCGAUCCCUCCAACCCUGCUGUUAUCGUGUGGAAUGAUACCGCCAUGACCAAGGGCAAGGAUGGCAAGCUCCUCACCUCCCGUGGUAGUAGCACUGUUACCAUAGAGUCUGACUAUUUCAUUGCCUAUGGUAUUAUCAUCAAGAAUGAUGCACUUCCUGCCAAGGCGGGCGACAAACAAGUGCAAGCCACUGCAUUGCAUGUGACGGGCACAAAGGCAAUUUUCUAUAACUGCACGAUCGAGGGCGGCCAGGGAGCCUUGUAUGACCAUCAGGGGCUUCACUACUUCAAGGCCUCUACAAUCAAGGGAAGUGUCGACUUCAUCUUCGGAUCCGCACGAUCUUUGUAUGAAGAUUGUAGUAUCAUCUCUACUAACAAGGAUAUCACCAACAUGGAAGUGGCACAAGAGGGGUGGGCUAGCGAGAGCCGUAUCAACAGUGAGAGUGGUUUCUCCUUCAAGAAUUGUACCAUCAAGGGUGAGGGGAAACCAGUAUUCUUAGGAAGGGCAUCGGGGAACUUCUCGCAGGUUGUGUACUCCUCCACUGAGAUGGACAGCGAAAUUGUUCCCAUCAUAUGGGAAAAGGGGAAUAUGAAAAUUCCUAAGAGUGGGAUCUACUAUGGUGAGUUCAAAUGCUAUGGGCCUGGGUUAGAUGCAUCGAAGAAGGCUGGAUGGGCCCUAUCCCUAACUGAGGCUCAGGCCAAGCCCUUUACGUGCAAAAGCUUCAUCUCAGGUGGCUCAUGGAUUACCCCCCUUCCCCCGGCUGAUCCAUAAAUACAACCACAUACUCACCUCUUUAAUAUUGCAUGCAUAUUAUAAAGAAGUGUAUGUUUUAUCUCUUUUAACACUUCCAAUAUAUAGCGUGAUGCAUGCCCAUGCAUGAAAUAGACAUAUAUUGUACUAUGGUUUAUAUAUAUAUUAAAUGCCUAAAUAUUAUUUUCUCUAUUGCAUGGUUCAAAUGUAUUUAUUGUAUAAAUCUCAAUGAUCACGUGAGUUGAUACUGUUAUUGCACUGAGCUUUGAUGACCUGUUCAAACAUGUGCGGAUAAAGGAAAACCCCUCUAAGAGAUGUCUCUCAUCCCGUGUUACUCUUAUUGGUGUAUAGCUACCGCACCGGGGAGUAGUGCUACCCCCCUUUUACAGAUGAUCAGCCAGGGGCUUUCCAGAGGAAGUAAUCACACUAAUACAGGAAAGUCCUAAGACGACACAUGUAUAGGAGACCAUUCGACCAAACUGUGUGCGAUGCAUGAAUCGCAAACGGUAUGGAAAACUGUCUCCAAUAAAAUGAACUGCGUGUGAUGGCUGAUCCAUCAAACACGAUUCAGAUAAGAGUUGUGUGUGCGAUACAUGGCAUACAUUCGAUCCAUACGAUCUGUUUGAGAUGAUACAGCAGAACACAAAUGAUUAACCAGAUCAAGAUGUGUGCGAUAGACGGCAUACAUGUCGCUCAGAUGAACUAUUUGCAAUGAGCCAAAAUAACACAAACGGUUACCCAAAUCGAGAUGUGUGCGAUAGACGACAUAUAGGUCACUCGACUGAACUAUCUACGAUGAGUCAAAAUAACACAAACAAUUGCCCAGAUGGAGAAUUGUGUGGUAAGACCGAUAAUAACACACACGAUUUCUGCUAAUAAGGCGUGUGUGUUGUGAACAAACGCUUGAUGUGAUUUGCUCUGUCUGCACACCAUCUAUGCUCUCUCUAUAGAACAACAAGAUAUAUACUUAUAACAACAUGAUUGCAUAACCAAAUUAAACAUCCAAUUACAUAACUGACUACACUUAACAUUUGUCCACCUCAAUAAACAAUAGCAUGCAUAAUAAACUAGGAGAAACAAUCAUCAAAUCAUCUACUUGAGUGCUAGAUCGAUACUAUAUUGCCAGACUGGCUGCAGAAA